AUGGGUUACGAAGAAAAGUUGGUUGGUCCAGCUGUCAAAGUUAAAGCUUUUUUAGAUAAGUUUCCUAAAAUUCAUAAUGUUAUCGUUGUUUGCCUGAUUUCGUGUAUUUCAGGUUUAAUGUUUGGGUUUGAUAUCUCUUCGAUGUCAGCCUUUCUUGGUCAAAAAUACUAUUUAAAUUUUUUCAACCAUCCAAAUUCUGACUUGCAAGGUUUUAUUACUGCUGCCAUGUCUUUAGGUUCAUUUUUUGGUUCUUUAGCUACUUCUUUUGUUUCUGAACCUUUUGGUAGAAGAGCUUCUUUAAUUUUAUGUGGGUUCUUCUGGUGUGUUGGUGCUGCUAUUCAAUCUUCUUCUCAAAAUAUUGCUCAAUUAAUCAUUGGUCGUCUUAUUUCUGGUUUUGGGGUUGGUUUAGGUUCUUCUGUUGCUCCAGUUUAUGGUUCUGAAUUGGCUCCCCGUAAAAUUCGUGGUUUAGUUGGGGGUAUGUUUCAAUUAAGUGUCACCAUUGGUAUCUUGAUUAUGUUUUAUGUUAGUUAUGGUUGUGGUAAAAUUAAUGGUGUUGGUGGUUUCAGACUUGCUUGGGGUAUUCAAAUUAUUCCUGGUUUAAUUUUAUUAAUGGGUUGUUUAUUCAUUCCUGAAUCUCCAAGAUGGUUAGCUAAAAAUGGUUACUGGGAUCAAUGUGAAGAAAUUGUUGCUAGAAUUCAAGCCAAAGGUAACCGUGAAGAUCCUGAUGUUAUGAUUGAAAUUUCUGAAAUUAAAGAUCAACUUUUAUUAGAUGAACACGUUAAAUCUUUCACUUAUGCUGAUUUAUUCUCUAAAAAAUAUCUUCAAAGAACUAUCACCGCUAUUUUUGCUCAAAUUUGGCAACAAUUAACCGGUAUGAAUGUUAUGAUGUACUAUAUCACUUAUAUUUUCCAAAUGGCUGGUUACUCUGGUGAUGCUAAUUUAGUUGCUUCUUCAAUUCAAUAUGUUUUAAAUACCGUUACUACUUUACCUGCUUUAUACUUUUUAGAUAAAUUGGGUAGAAGACCAGUUUUGUUAUUUGGUGCUGCUGCUAUGAUGGCUUUCCAAUUCGGUGUUGCUGGUAUUCUUGCAACUUACUCUGUUCCAUGGCCAAAUUCAGGAUCUGAUUCCGUUACUAUUAGAAUUCCUGACGAUCAUAAAAGUGCUGCCAAAGGUGUUAUUGCUUGUUGUUACUUGUUUGUUUGUAGUUUUGCUACUUCUUGGGGUGUUGGUAUCUGGUUAUACUGUAGUGAAAUGUGGGGUGACUCUGUUUCAAGACAACGUGGUGCUGCUCUUGCCACUUCUGCUAACUGGAUUUUCAACUUUGCCAUUGCUCAAUUCACUCCACCAGCUUUCAAAAAUAUUUCAUGGAAAACUUACUGUAUUUAUGCAACUUUCUGUGGUUGUAUGUUCAUCCAUGUUUAUUUCUUCUUCCCAGAAACUAGAGGUAAGAGAUUGGAAGAAAUUGCCCAAAUCUGGGAAGAAAAGGUUCCAGCUUGGAAAUCUGAUUCAUGGCAACCUGCCGUUCCUAUCUUGUCUGAUGCUGAAUUGGGUGAAAAGAUUAGAACUCAACAUAAAGAAAGUGAUGAUUUAAUUCAAUCUAAUUCUGACUCAAGUGUCAAAGAUGUUAACGAAAACGCUAAUAAAGUUUAA